AUGGCGCUAGUGUAUCGUGAUUUUGUUUACAAGUUUAAAAGAACGUUGCCGAUUUUCUGUUUUUUUCUUCUCACACUCGUUACAGCAGGAUGGUACUUUCCAGUUAAAACCGAAAGUGUUUACUAGUUUCUCGUAAAUGUGAGAAUUAUUUUUUUAUUAGUAUCAGCAGCAGAAGGGUUUUGUAUCCGGAAGUGUAGCUGAGAGAGGUGCGCGUGCAGGCACGGUAUCGUUAUCGCACGAGCUGAUAAUAAUAAUGAUGAUGACAUCACGCGAACAAUCGUGAAGAAAACGUGUGUGUGUGUGUGUACUCGAUUUAAAAUUAUUUCAGGAUUAUUUCGCUAUUUUCUUUUUUUUAAUUUCGAGAAAAAAAUAAUUGGUAAUAAAAUAACAAAUUGCGAAAAUAGGAAUUGUUCUGUUGCUAGGAUACGAAGCACGUGGACACCGUGUCCGCCGCGUGCUGUAGAGGAAUCGUAUAUGAUUAUUAUGAUUAUAUAUAUAUAGUAAUAGUAAUAAUAAUAAUAAUAUUAGAUUGGAUUAAAGAUGAGCUCUCUGGGGCGGAACGGUCUGAUCGGUCUCGGUAUCGGUGUCACCGUCAGUACCGGUUUGGUCGCGUUCCUGAUCAUUAAAGAGAUGGUGCGGAGGAGGCGCGAGCGCUGCCUAGCGGUGUCCCGCAGCAGUGCGGGGUUUGCGGUGAGCAGUGCAGCUGUGGACGGAGGGAUAACCCUGGGACAGGACGGCGGAGUGGUGUUAGCGUCUGCGCUGAGCGGGUUAACCCCGGAGCAGCACACUGAGCUGAGGAAGACUCUGGACGACGUGAUGAUGAGCGUGUCCUCUCUGCGUGGUGAAGUGGCCGAGCUGAGGAACGGCCUGAGAGACAUCGCCAGCACCAUCGUCGAGGACGUCAGGAGGGGAGUGGAGGAGGGUCAGAGGUCACGGCGGCGACGUCACUUCCUGACGAGGGAGCGUUCUGAUUCGAUGAGCUCCAGCUCUAUCUACUUCACUGCUAGUAACGGGAUGACCAGUCAGAGCGAGGGCGGAUACACUACGGCGUAUUCGACUGCCGAGUCUGACUACACUGACCGAGAGACGGACAGAGACGAGGACCGCGACGAGGACGAUGAAGACGACGAUGACGAGGAGGAGGAGCGUAGCUGUGCUACAGUUCUCACUCUCCAGCCGGACGAGCUGCAGUCUGAGGAAGACUACGUGGACGGUGAUGAAGAAGCGAUGACGAUGAUGAAUCCUGAACUCACUCUGAUGCUGACCCAGAGUGAUUUCCUACACGCCGGGGAUUCUGGGAAAAAAACUGACGGAUUUAAUCUGUUGACGGAGAACAAACCACUGUACAGUGAUAAUGUCGAGUUUCUAUGGCGACUGGCUCGAGCCUACAAUGAUAUGUGUGAGCACGCGGAGGACGAGGACGAGAGGCGGAGCUACGUAGAGCAAGGUCGUGACGAGGCAGAGUCGGCGCUUCAGAGGAACGGACUGAACGCUGACUGUCAUAAGUGGUUUGCUGUGCUGACCGCUCAGACAUCGCAGUGUGACAGCAUGCACAGUAAACUGAAGUGCAGCCACAUCCUGAAGGAACACCUGGAUCGCGCUUUAGCUCUCAGAGAUGAUGACCCGCUGUGUUUCUACCUGCUGGGCCGCUGGUGCUAUGAGAUGAGCAGGUUGUCGUGGUUGGAGCAGAAGGCAGCGGCUGCUCUGUAUGAAACUCCUCCAUGUUCCUCUCUACAGCACGCUCUGGAGAACUUCCUCAAGGCUGAGGAGCUGAAGCCAGGAUUCUCCAGAGCAGUGAGACUCUACAUCGCCAAGUGUCAUAAGGAUCUGGGGAACGAAUCAGAGGCGAGGAACUGGACACACCUGGCUCUGGCCACGCCCACUAACACCCACCAGGAGGCGGGGAUCUCUGGAUUGGAGGCGGAGCUAAAGGCUUUGAUUGACAGCCCAGCUGAGCAGCUGUAAGGUUGUGGAGCGUGACAUUUAUCUCUCAGUGCUAACCCCACCCCCCUAGCCGUACGGCGUCAUGGAUCAUUCCAAACUACUUUCACAACACGUUCAGUCGAUGCUCCAGUGUUUUAACACCAAAACUGACCAAAAUAAGGGCCCUUAGAAGUCAACUGACCUAAUGCUGCCUACUUAGGCACCCUAGUUUAAAAAGGAAAUGAUGGUGUGAUGUAUUACACUCUGAUAAGUGACAUAUAAGCGCUUAAAGAGAAGCUAAUUUAUUCAUUAAAGCUGCUGUUCUCAGAACGAGUGUGUUCAUUUAUCUUUUACUAUUUAACACAUUUCACUGAUGGGCAGCUUUUUAUUCACAAAAGAACAGCUAUUUAUUUCACUCGUGAUUUAGAAAGCCAUCGUACAGUCUGAAGGCAGCGUGUUUAAGUCUUAAUGUGAAACAUUCCUCAUGUUCAGUGUUUUGUGCUGGUGUGUAAAUAAUGAAGGAAAUAAACUCAAGCUGAAGCUGA